AUGGGGCUUUGCGGCAGCCGCGGGGGCGGGGCGGGGCCUCGUGGACGCGCGACCGCCGAGCGGGGGAGGUGCGGGGGCUCGCGUCAGCUCGGCCGUGGGGGGAGGGGCGGUGCCUCAGCUUUGGCGCGCGUGGGGGCGGUGAGGCGCGGGGUGGGGUCUCGGGGGGCGGCGGCUGCUGCCUCUUUUUUGCUGCGCUGCUUGGGGUGCGCCUUUGUGGCGCUGGGGUCCCGGCAGCGCGGGGGAGAUGGGGGUCCAGUUGCUGAAGUCCCGAGGGCGGAGCGCGCUGGUUCGCCUCCGCGGGUGCUCUGCCGGGUCCCCUGCUGGAGCGAGGUGGACGCCGCGAAAGCCCGGAGGGCCCCUGCCUGCCUGCUCGGCCCCUUGGGCGUGUGUGGCGCUGGGGAACGAGCCGGGGCCCUCGCUCUGACCUGGCUGCCCAGCUCUUUGUGGGUUUUUUUGAGACAGGGUCUGGCUAACUCACUAGAUCGCCUGGCUGGGCUCACACUUGAUCCUCCUGCCUCAGCCUCCUACUGUGGGGAUUACAGGCGUCCUCCACCACGUUGGCGCCGUCAAGCUGCCCGCCCGUGCUGGCUCGUGUCCCCCCUGGCGACCCGGGCCGCCGUGGGUUCCGCUGCGCGUCCUGCGGCUGCGCCCCCGGAGUCCGCGGACCGGGUGGCCACGAAAUGCUUCUCAAGGCAGGCACCGCGGUUGGGGCAUGCCUGUGGUCCAACACUCUGGGAGGCUGAGGCGGGAGGAUCGAAAGUUCCAGCCCAGCCUGGGCACUUUCUCGACUUACUUGGAGUCCCUGUCUCAAAACGUAAAAGGUGAGUCGGGGGCUGGGGUUGUAGCCCAGGACAAUAAAAUUUAUAGCAUAAUGCUUGGCUCAAUAAAUAGUUGUUUUAUUAUUUGUGCCAUAUCAAAACCCACCAGAUGGCUCCCCCGAGGUGAUAAAUUGAGGUGCUGUAUGAGAUAAUAGGCAGAUAAAACAACUAAGAUAAAAACAGAGUGUGGCCUCAGCCUGUCUGGAUUUCAUGAGCAACUUCUGUGACUUAACCAAAAAAUUAGAAUGUUAUCUGAUGCUUGUGGCCUGGGCAGCAGUCCUGACAUUACCUAGAUGCCCAUGUCCAGGCUCUUCCUAAGCAAAUUGUUUAGAUUGAGUUUUAAAAAGGGCUUUGAAACCUGGCACGGUAGUGCAUACCUCAUAAUCUCAUUACUUGGGAGGCUGAGGCAGGAGGAGCCCCUAAAAUUCAAGGCCAGCCUGGGUUACAUAGUGAGUGCAAGAUCAGCCGAAACUAUAUAUUGUGACCUGUCUCAAAAAGCCAAAAUAAAAACAACCCAAAAGGAGACAGUAGCUUAGUGGUACCGGACUUGCUCUGGGCUUGAACCCCAGCACCAGAAAAAAAUAAAAUUCAAACUCCUACA